AUGUCUAAUCAAUUUCCACAUUUCUCUGGGCCUGCUACGCCUGGCAGAAAAGGGAUCAAUGACUAUGCAGACAAUUAUACUAAGUUUGAGAAUCUAUCUACCACACCAGCUGGACCUCCACCGUCUUCAUCUGGAUCAUUUAGACUGUCAGGACCACCUCCAACAAACUUUGGCGACUCGUUAAUGAGCAUUGAGAGUCCCACUAAAGUAUCUUCAUUUUCCCAGCUAAGAACUCAAAGACCACUUAACUCUCGGCAGAUGCAAUUUUUAAGUCCAGAGAUUCGGAAUCAAAAGCAACCUCCAGAACUCUACUCCGUAGUUUCAGAUGGUAGCAGUGACGAAGCCCGCAAAGAAGACUACGUAAAGAAAAUCCAGGGCGAAGAUGACUUAUAUUCUAAUAGUGAGCAUGAUGGGCAUGAAUAUGAUGGUGAAGAGAACUUAAGUGGUUAUGGCUCUGAUUCUGGAAGCAGCCGGCAAACAGGAUCCCAGUGCGAAAAUCUCGAUUUAGCCCUCGCCGUAACAGGAAAUACAGAGCAACAAAUGGUGAUUGAAAACCCCCAAGCACAGCAAAUUUCAUCGCAAAAUAAUAUUGAAUUUGGAACCUCAAAAUAUGAAAAAAUAGCCCGAGAUAUUUAUUCUUGUAUGGAUGACUUAUCCGUUGACGAGCCUGAUGACCUUAUCCUUGCGACAGAAGCUAUUAUAUCAAGACUCUAUCAAGAAAAUUUCGAAGGUGAUGGUGUCCGUGCUGUGGUCGAAGAAAAGUUGUCUGUCUUAACUCAGGAACUCACAAAACUUUGGGACAACUACCACAAACAGAUCGCGAUUCAUCAUUCGGAAGAAUAUACUACAACCGUUGGGCCAGGACCGAAAUCAGCUAACUUUUCAAAAGCUAAUUUUCUGGCAAACCUGGCGCUGAAAAUCCAUCAUCCUGGAAAAGCCUCUUCCUCCUACACAGCCAAAGAAAUACCUAUUCCACAAACUCUUCUUGAAUGGAUGGAAUCUUAUCACAAUCCAUAUCCAAACCAGUACGAAGAAGUUCAAGCUCAUAAACCCUAUCCAGCCAACCACACUUUGUUUUGGGAUACAAUCUUUAAUUGUCUCAUUCGCGGGAAGGUUAUAGUAGUAACAAAUAUGAUAAAAAGUGCUGGUUGGAGACAUAUCAGUAAUGACUCCGAUAAACUACCAGAUAAUACAAGUUCUAUUAGAUAUUCUGAUACGACUCUGAGAAAUAUAGAGCAGGCUAUGCAUGCGGCCAUAGAAAUUCUUGUUAGCUGUCCAGCAACUCAUGGAGACUGGAACUCUCGAAAUAAGGAUUGGAAACUUUUCAGGCUCCGGACUUCACAAGCCUUAGAAGACUUAAAACACUUUACUCAAAGCGCUAAUCAAAUUUAUGAAGACAACAAAUACUCCAAGGCCAAUUCUACAUCAUACAGCCAAGCAGCCAAGAAAGCAGAGAGCUUAAUACCAUGGAACCUGCAGCAAAAUCUUGUCACCCUUUACCAACUAUUGAUGGGAGAUAUGAGUGUAAUAUUAGCAAACUCCCAGGACUGGUGCGAAGCAACUAUCGGUCUAGUUGCCUGGUGGGACGAAGAUAUCAAGAACCGCAAUAUGCCGACAGGUCAUUUUCAGGAACCACUCGAUGGCUUGCACCGACUAUCGAGUUCUGAUGCUUUUGAUAGGAAACUUCGCAUUUCUUUUGAAAUCGCUACUUCUGACUCAACAGAUUUACAGAUAGAUAGUGCAAAUCCAGUAGAGGUAGCGCUAGCCUCGCUAUUUGAGGGUGAUUCUGAAAGCGUGAUCGGAUUCUUACGGGGGUGGUCUGGGCCAGUGUCGUCCGCUGUCGCAGAAAUAGCUUCAUUCGCUGGAUGGCUACCACGAGGUGAAGAAAAGAGCUUGAUAAGUAUGGAAAGUCUGGAUCAAGAUGACCUUGAUCUACUCGGCAUCAACCCACCUUCAACGAAAAUUGAUGGACCCAAGGAUAGAACACUGAUUGCCUACGCUAACAGCUUAUCUCAACGGAAAGAGUUAAAAUAUUCCAUGGAACCUCCAGCCGUGAUGGAAAGCUGGGAAUUAUCAAUUUUAAUACUUGGAAGGUUAGACUCAACUGAACGUUCUGAAGAGAUACUUUGGGAACUUUUGCAAAGAUUCCCAUUACAGAAUUCAAGUACAGUCAAAAAGUUGUGGGUAUUGCUAAACAAUAUCAGUCUCCCGCGUCACGCUGAGAAAGUUGCACAAACUUAUGCCGACGAACUUGCAGAAAAGUCUCGGAAAUAUGGUGAAGCACUGUACUUCUAUGCCUUAGCACAUAUGAGUGAUAAGGUCAAAGAUGUUCUGGAUUUGUUAAUAUCUUACUCAUUAGUUCAAUCGCUAGCUUAUCCGCCAGAAGCAGAUGUAGAUGAUCAACUCAGAAGCUUCAUAAUCUCUCCACAAUCUACCCUCACAGAUAUUGCCGUACUAGAUAUUGAUGCUGCCAAACUUUUGCAAAAAUCACUUAGUGGGUAUGCUACUUUACGAAAGUUUUACGAUCUGCGCGAUGGGGAUGUAUACGUGUCAGCAGAGCAAUUAAAAUUGGGUCCCCUAGCUAGAAAGAGACAAGCUGCCAUUGCCCUAAUAACCGUAAUUAAUAGCUCUAGCGAUCAUAUCCGUGGUGGCUUAUACGAUCGUGAGUGUGGUGCCGUAGUUAACGUCGAUUUUCUCCUGGCACUUCUCGGUGAAAGUCUUAGAUUCGUCGGCCAAGAAGAUUUCAUCCUUACAGCACCUCAGAUAGAGGCUCUCCUUCGUGCAAUUGAAGAUUUAGAAACAGUCUCAUCGCGCGUAUAUGCCGCUUGUGCUGAAUUUCUACAAUCAGUCAUGGCCUCGAACCUAAAUUACCAAACAUCUAUGCCAGAUGACUCGAUAGAGGAUUCAAUUGGUAGCGAUGGUAGAAAUUUAAAGGCAUCCUUGCAAAAGAAUCAAUUACUUAUGAACUCCGAAUUGGCUGCUGAAGAUAGAGUGAAGAGAGGCUGGGACUGGCGCCAAGGUGUUUCAGCGAACACGACAGGAAAAGAAAUAUUAUGGAUUCUUAGGUUGGGUUUAGCGAAGGAUUUAGCUCGGGCAUGGUUGAUGGAAGUCGAUAAUAAAUGGUGA